GAACAACUUCCCAAUUAAUGUAUAUACACUGGGAACACCAAUACGCUGAGUUUCUGAACCUUUUUCAAACUCCAAGCAACCAAGAACUUAACCACCAGAAAUUAGUCUACCAAGACGAAGAUGACGGAAGGCCAUGAGACAAUUCACUGGUACUCAAACACAACCAUGGAACAACAUCAACUGGCACUACACAUAAGUUGAUCGCUUGGUCUCGGUGCAUAUGUACACAUCCAACCGAGUCUGGGAUAGAGUUAUAGGAAAUGGAGAGCACUUACCAGUGAGCGAGAUGGAAGAUAUAUAUCGAUGCAUGGUGAUGGUGGAUGGAGCACGGACGGCUGGCUGCACGGCCAAACAUCGUCCUACCUGCAGAAGCUUCACGCUGGCAGUGUCGCCCGCCGAUUUGUGCCGAAGCCGAAGAACUAAACAGUUGAGUUGGGGGGAAUGAAGCCUGGUCCGAAACCCCCCACCUAGCUUGCUUAGCUGCAGCUGAAUCCGCCAUUCCGCCCGGUGUUAGGUCUCGGACCAGACAACAUUCCCCUCAACUGCCAUAAAAAUGAAUGAAUGAGAGGGAGACAGAGAGAUAUAUAUAGAGAGAUUUUCAUGUAUAAGCUAGGAGCUUGUAUAUAUAUGGAGGGGCAGCUUGUUAGCUCACGGCAGAUGACUCUGCUUUGAGCAGCUUUAUGUCAUACAAGUCCACAUGCUUCUUUUGGCACCUUGUUGCUUUCACAUUUACAGCUUGGAUGAACAACGGUUCAUCCAACCUAAACUGUACUGGCUACUUAGUCUUAACCACUGGCUAGUGCACUCAGUCUGACAAUGCUAUGUAAUCCAAGUCAAACUUGCAAGACGUGACAUAGCCAUCUAUUCCAACAUGAACACGUCAGCAAAUCAUGAGCUCAUGACCACUUGCUAGCAGCUAAGGGCAGCCACUGAAUUAGUCAUCUAGAUUCACAGGAUCAUCUCAGACAAGAGAUCAGCAUUCAGCAAGCUAUAUGAGUAUUAUGAUUAACCAAGUGGAUGCAAUGCAUACAUGAAUAUAUAAGCUAAGCUGUUGAAAUUAAUUCACAACGCACAGCUGUUGCUGUGACAUUUGCAUGCGUAGUACAUGAUUUUAUUCGCAAGCAAAGGAUUUCUUUUGCUUUGCAUGUACCGUGUUGCAUAGCCAAGUUGUUUUGAUUCCAAUCUUAGCACUUAAGAAACUGUCCACCCCGGGCAACCUGCAGCUCUGCAACAACAAAGAGAACUUUUUAUGUGGGGAUGUGAAAGAGAUCUAGCUUGAGCAAAUGGAUUUGAUGGGGAGAUUGUGAAAAAAGACCCAGGUGACUGAAUCCAAUAGUUAAUUGGGAUUGUGCAGGUGUAACCCGUACUGAACUACUAAUCCUUUUUUCUCUUAGCUCAUCAUGAAGGUCAAAGAUGGCCGUGUGAAUCAUGGAAUAGUAAUGCCAGGUUCUGGCAGUUUGGCUGGCUCUUUUUAUGACAGAGGCUCAUGGGAGAGUUUCUUGAUUGAUGUAGGGUAGGAAUUUCUAUUGGAAGAUUGUAGAGAGGAACAUGUUACAUAUGCUAUAUUCCUUAUGGGCACGGUGAUCUGUCGCAUACCUAUGUCUGCGAAGAAUAAGCUGAUUGGUUUGCAACUAACCGGACCACACAAGGUGGAGGUCCUGGAACACUGGUCUCCAUGCCUGAUUACUAGUUCUAUUAUUUAAGGAUUUUCUUUUCUAAAAUAAUAGCACCUGUAGCUCUUACAUUUUCAGAAUUGCAGAAUCUGAUUAUCAAACUUUAGUGUCUUUGGUUCAUUGCCUCAAAUUUUCAGGGAAUUAUUUGAAAAUAAAAUGAACCAGUCAUUAUUUCUUCAGUAGUUCAGUUCUUCUGGCUCCUUAUCAGCUUUGAUGGUUUUCUUUACCAUAACGUGAGGCUAUGCUUAAAUCUCUCAGCCUCACAUCACAUGCAAAGGAUUGUGUUUUGGGAAGAGAUGGAGGACAUCUGUUCCCCUCUUCUCUCUCCUCUCCAAUCGUACAGUGUGAGGGGAGAAUCGUUUUGCCUCCUGUGCAACCAAGAACCAUUUUUUUUCCAAAUUUCAUUUGGGGAUUUUUUUUUUUCAUUUCUGGGCCUUUUGGUUGAUCUUUACUACACGGAUUUGUUCUGUUCCUCUCCAAUAUGCUCCAGAUUUGGUGAUUAUGGGAAUCGCAGCUUCUUGGUUGAAGAUCUGCUGCAUUGGGAAGAUUGGAUCCUUGCUCCAAUUGGUAAAAAGAUUAGGUUAUUGCGAUCUAUCCGUAUGAUCAUUGGCAUAUGAAGAAAAAAUGUCCCGUUCUUGGCUUAGCGCAGCUGAAGGUACUGCUGCAUUGUAGCAUUGUGAACUUUUCUAGGUGAAAGGCCUCAUCUUCUGGAACCACACGUUGGUAUGGGUGACCAUGAUUUUACAAGCGCUUCCUCCUCAACAAUGUGGUUUGAUCUGAUUAUCUUUGUGCCACAUUAAUAGGAAUUUUGUGGAAAGGAUUUGAUUUUUAAUCAACCUACAUGCAAAUCAGCGGUGCAUUGAUCUUCGAUGGCAGCGAAGGCUCGUGCAAGGUCGCCGGACUUUGCACGGCAAUUCUGGCCUGUGCUGUGCCAUGCCUUCAGCGAAUGCAGCCUGAUCAUAAUGCUCUUUGUGACCGCCGUGGUGUCAUUCACGGCCACAAGGUUUGCACGCAUCUGGAGCCUACGACCACCGUGCAUCCUGUGCUCAAGGUUGGAUCGCCUCCUGCAUGGAAACACCUGGUUCUCUGAAGAUCUGAUCUGUGCUGCACACAAGUUGGAAAUCUCGCAAUUGGAGUAUUGCCAGAGUCACAACAAGCUCGCACACUCUGAUGAUCUGUGUGAAAGGUGCCUACUUUCAUGUGCUGGUUUGGAUGGUAAGCCCAAUAAACUGAAGAGCAUGAGAAAUAAGGACAAGGUGAAUUCUCAACCGAGGUCCAGGCAUACACAUUUAUGCUCUUGUUGUUCAGAGACGUUUAAGAAGACACGGCAUACACACAAGCUACCUGAGCUUGCAAAUGGCAUAGUUCCAGAUGAUGUGAGCACAGUGAAGGAGAGAAGCAUAGACAUGACUAGUGUAGGGCAUUCUUCAGAUGAAGGUUCUGAGGACUUGUCUUAUGGAGGCUACAGUAAGCUGAAUGUCCGCCAUGAUUCAGAGUCUGAGAACCGCAUCUCGGAUGAUGAUGAAGAUGAAGAUGGUAAUUCAAUGAUUCACAAAGCUACGCAGAGAAGCAGAGACUUCUUAUUUCAUGAUUCGCAACUACAACCUAUGAUCAGUGACACCAACAGCUUGUCCAUGCAUCCUUCUGAGAAUGUUGUUCUUGCAGAGCCGAUGAAUACCGCUCCUGUGCCAGUGAGUACUGCAGCAAAAACUGACAAUGUGGCCACUGGCACCAACCUUGUUAGUGCAGCGAAAUCUUCAGAGCAUAUUGCGCAAGGUUCAAGGGAAAUUAGCUUGAGCAAUGUCAAUGUAAGUGGAAACAAUCAUGACGUGCAACCGAAGAUUGUGCCUGAACAAGUUUGCGCAGAGCUUCCGAAAGAGAAAACUUUUCUGGUUGGUAUUGAGGAAGUUGACGAUUCAGCGGGUAUUUCAGGAAGCCCUGACGAGGAAGUUGCUAAGGGUUUUGUUGCUUCUGCAAAUGCAGGAAUGAGUUCAGUUUUAGAUGCCUGUAUCAACCGCAAAAACAGUAUGAAGAGUGCUUCUCGUCGUAGAAGCAACCUUCAAUCUCCUCGAUGGUCUGAAAUAAUCUCUGCUAAGGAUAACAGUUCAAGAACUAACCAAGAAGUCAAGACAUUCCUGUCCCAGAUGUCUUCUGCGCGAGGCUUUGAUGGUCCUUGGAGUGAGGUGGCCGCUAGUCCUAGAAUCACACAGAUUGAUGAUAAACAAUAUGAUGCCACUGGGAGCAGACAAUUUCUUGAGACUAACUACUCAAAUAUGGAACCAUUUGAUGUCCAUGCUACUAGUGAAGAUGAAGGUGAUACCUCACUCGAAGGCCUGAAGCAGAAGGUUGAGCUUGGCAAGAAAAAAAUGAGUAUCCUUUAUAAGGAGUUUGAGGCAGAGCGGAGUGCUUCAGCGGUGGCUGCGAGUGAAGCAAUGGCUAUGAUCAAUAGAUUGCAGGAAGAAAAGGCUUCAAUGCACAUGGAGGCACUUCAGUACCUCAGGAUGAUGGAAGAGCAGGCUGAUCAUGACCAAGAAGCAAUUGAAAGGCUAAAUGACUUGCUUACAGAAAGGGAGAAAGAAAUGCUUGACCUGGAAGCUGAACUUGACAAUUAUCGGAGGCUUCAUGAACCAUUUGGUUGCAAGUUUGAUUUUACUGAUGGAGAUAUGGCAUCUGGAGUCUUGGAUAGCUCAGAUUUCAUGAGGGAUACCAUGUUUGAUUUUGAGGAUGAAAAGGCAAAUAUUUUGAAAUCCUUGAGCAAAUUGGAGGAAACACUGGGCAUGUCUUCCACAGAUAGGCAUAAUUUUGGUGGCACAUAUGAUAGUCUACAGAACAUGUCAGUAUUGCAUCCGGAACACUGGAGCGGUGAGCCGGUUUCUUCUCAACAAAUUGAUGAAAAUCAAAGUGUUGAUUCCGGCUCAUGUUCUCACCUAGAUGAUGGCAGAAUCAGUUCUAUGACGAGCGUUAAACAUGAGAUUUCACUUCUAAAUACUAGAUUCACGGCACUUGAAACAGAUCAAAAGUUUCUCAAACAGAUAUUAAGCUCUCUAAAAUGUAGUGAUGAUGGCGUACAAUGUGUUCAAGAGAUAACUGCACAUUUGAGAGAGUUGCGAAGAAUCAUGACUGAGCAAAGAGAGAGGGCAGUUUUAUGAUCUCAUAAUUAAUCUCUGAAGAUCUGAAGUUGCUGCCACUGAUUGUUACAGCACCAUGAUGCCUUCAUGGUGGCAUCUCGCUCGGAGAUUUGACAGGGUCAUUUGUGACCUGAUCUCCCUGAACAUAACAUGGGAGAACACAGAUUAUAUACACACCGAUCUUGUUGGAUGAGAUCUUUCUUGUACAAAUUGAAACGGUUGUUAUUAGGAUUUAGGAGUAAAGCUCUUCGCUGUAAUUAUAGUUUCCGGCUUCUGCCGAGAUGAGGAAGGAAUUCACUUAGUAAGCCAGCUACUGUUCAUGUCAGAUAAGUUCAUACCGUCUUGAAUUUAUCCAACCACUUCUGGAGACAAUCUAUAGGCUAUAGCCUAGAUGAACUUGAAAAUUUUUAAAGUCUA